GCAUGCAGUCAGGUCGCCGGUGCUGAUGUCACAUCUGCGUGGAAAGAGAGGAGGAGGAGGAGGAGGGUGGCCAGGAGCAAAACCCGCGCGUUAAUGUGCUCCAAUGGCCAGGAAGGCAGCGCCCACGCGGUCAGAGCCGCGCGCCAAAGUGCCACAGGUGGAGAAGGCGGCGAGGAUGGAAGUCAACCGGCGCUCAAGCCGCGAAAAGCCCGCGUAAAAAGACCAGAUGGCUGCGAUCUUCGCUUUUACGCACGGGCGCGGGGAGGACCGCGGCGUCCAGGUAUGACGCGAGAGCGGCACUGAGAGGAGAAGAAGCACAUUUUUGUAUUUUUUUUAAGGGUGGGGGGUAUACAAACAAAAACAAAAAAAAAGACGCACAAUGAAUCCUGAGGGCGGACCGUCCGGGUUGGCCCUCAAACUGUCCGAGAUGGGCGCGCGCACCAAGCAGCUGAGCACCGCCAUGCGCGACCCGCACCAGCAGCGGCGCAUCAUCCUGGUCAUCGUGUGCGUGGCGCUGCUCCUGGACAACAUGCUCUACAUGGUCAUCGUGCCCAUCAUCCCGGACUACCUGGCCGACCUGGAGAGCGAGCAGGCGGAGCACGUCCACCUCGUCCUGCACCCUAACGGCACCGGCAACGGCACCGGCCAGCAGGACGCGGCGCGCAACCGCAACAACCUGGACAUCCAGAUCGGGGUUCUGUUCGCCUCCAAGGCCAUCCUGCAGCUGCUGGUCAACCCGCUCAGCGGCACCUUCAUCGACCGCGUGGGCUACGACAUCCCGCUCUUGAUCGGCCUGACGGUCAUGUUCCUGUCCACGUGCAUCUUCGCCUUCGGGGAGAACUACGCCACGCUGUUCGCCGCGCGCAGCCUGCAGGGGCUGGGCUCGGCCUUCGCGGACACCUCCGGCAUCGCGAUGAUCGCCGACAAGUACACGGAGGAGGCGGAGCGCAGCCGGGCGCUGGGCAUCGCGCUGGCCUUCAUCUCCUUCGGGAGCCUGGUGGCGCCUCCUUUCGGCGGCGUGCUGUACGAGUUCGUGGGCAAGCGGGUGCCCUUCCUGGUGCUGGCCCUCAUCUGCCUGCUGGACGGCGUCUUCUUCCUGGCCCUCAUCCGGCCCUUCUCCAACAGGACUCGAGAGAACAUGCCGGUGGGCACCCCCAUCUACCGGCUCAUGAUCGACCCCUACAUCGCGGUGGUGGCGGGCGCGCUGACGGUGUGCAACAUCCCGCUGGCCUUCCUGGAGCCCACCAUCUCCAACUGGAUGGAGACCACCAUGCACUCCACGCAGUGGCAGAUGGGCCUCACCUGGCUGCCGGCCUUCUUCCCGCACGUCCUCGGCGUCUACAUCACCGUCAAGCUGGCCGCGCGUCACCCCAACCUGCAGUGGUUCUACGGCGCCCUGGGCAUGGUCAUCAUCGGGGCCAGCUCCUGCACGGUGCCGGCCUGCAAGACCUUCGAGGAGCUCAUCGCCCCGCUCUGCGGCAUCUGCUUCGGCAUCGCGCUGGUGGACACGGCGCUGCUGCCCACGCUGGCCUUCCUGGUGGACGUGCGCCACGUCUCCGUCUACGGCAGCGUGUACGCCAUCGCGGACAUCUCCUACUCGGUGGCGUACGCCAUGGGCCCCGUGGUGGCCGGCCAGAUCGUGCACAAUUCGGGCUUCGUGCAGCUCAACCUGGGCAUGGGGCUGGUCAACGUGCUCUACGCGCCCGCGCUGCUGCUGCUGCGCAACGUCUGCCAGAUGCGGCCGUCCCACUCGGAGCGGGACACGCUGCUGGAGGAGGCUCCGCAGGGGCUCUACGACGCCAUCCGCCUGGAGGAGCGGCGCGCCGAGAAGAAGAAGAAGAAGACGACGGGAUACCGCGCGGCGGGGAACUGCCUGCCCGUGGACGAGAACGGCUUCGACGCGUACAGGGCGCAGCAGCAGCGGUCGCCCUCCGAGGAGUCGUCCGGCCCGGAGUUCACCUGAGGCGGGCGCGCCUCGCCGAAAGACGCCGGGCCCCAUCAUCCCGACUAAUGCAGUGUUUUUCAACCGAUUUUUUUUUGUCAUUGAAAAAUAAUCCAGAACCAUAAAAAAAAUAAAAUAAACUAAGUAACCCAGGGGUGUCCAAAGUGCGGCCCGCCACACAUUCUGCAAAAAUUGCAAAAUUGAUAGUAUUGCAAAAAUAUAUAUAUAUAUAUGUUUGUUUUUUUUAAAGCGAAGUGAAGUGAAUUAUAUUUAUAUAGCGCUUUUCUCUAGUGCAGGGAUGUCAAACUCAAAUAGAGAGUGGGCCAAAAUUUAAAACUGAACAAAGCCGCGGGCCCAGGUUGAACAAAUUAACCUUUUAAUAGGGACCCAAACAAGUUUUGCAUUGAAUAUUAAACAAGUGAAGUGAUUUAUAUUUAUAUAGCGCUUUUCUCCAGUGCAGGGAUGUCAAACUCAAAUAGAGAGUGGGCCAAAACGUAAAACUGAACAAAGCCGGGGACCCAAGUUGAACAAAUUAACCUUUUAAUAGGGACCCAAACAAGUUUUGCAUUGAAUAUUAAACAAGUGAAGUGAAUUAUAUUUAUAUAGCGCUUUUCUCAAGUGACUCAAAGCGCUUUACAUAGUGAAACCCAAUAUCUAAGUUACAUUUAAACCAGUGUGGGUGGCACUGGGAGCAGGUGGGUAAAGUGUCUUGCCCAAGGACACAACGGCAGUGACUAGGAUGGUGGAAGCGGGAAUCGAACCUGCAACCCUCAAGUUGCUGACACGGCCACUCUACCAACCGAGCUACAUAAGCAAGGCAUAUGUAGCUUUACAUACAAAAUCGAGUAUCAAAUAAAAUGUAAAUAAAAAUUGGGGAAGCGGGGUUUGGUGGUAGCGGGGGUGUAUAUUGUGGCGUCCAGGAAGUUAGUGCUGCAAGGGGUUCUGGGUAUUUCUUCUGUUGAGUUUAUGUUGUGCUACAGUGCGGAUGUUCUCCCGAAAUGUGUUUGUCAUUCUUGUUUGGUGUGGCGCAUAUUUGUAAAAGUGUUAAAGUUAUUUAUACGGCCACCCUCAGUGUGACCCUCAUGGCUGUUGAUCAAGUAUGCCUUGCAUUCACUUGUGUGUGUUAAAGCAGCAUAUAUAUGGGACCGGACCGGCACGAAAAAGCGGAUGUGACGACAGGCUGUAGAGGACGCUAAAAGGCACGCCCCCGAUAUUGUUGUCCGGGUGGAAAUUGGGAGAAAUUCGGAAGAAUGGUUGCCCAGGAAGAUUUUUGGGAGGGGCACUGAACUUUGGGAGUCUCCCGGGAAAAUCGUGAGGGUUGGCAAGUAUGAGUAUCAGCGGUGAAUGCAGCUGGCCUGGCGGGCCAGCUCUAAUCUUAAUGUGAUAUUACCUCAAGGGCCAAAUGAAACUACACGGCGGGCCAGAGUUUGACACCCAUGCUCUAGUGACUCUUGGCGCUUUACAUAGGGAAACCCAAUAUCUAAGUUCCAUUUUUAAACCAGUGUGGGUGGCACUGGGGGAAAGGUGUCUUGCCCAAGGACACAACAGCAGUGACUAGGAUGGCAGAAGCGGGGAUUGAACCUGCAACCCUCGAGCUAUACUGCCCCAAAAGUGGAAUGAGGUGAAAUCUAAUGAGAAAAAGUUGACGCGUUUUUUUUUUGUGCUCCUUUUGUGUUUAUUUUCUUUUUUUUUUUUUCAUUGCUCGAAAAAAAAAAAAAAGGACAAAAUAAUCUAUGUUAUAAUUACUUAAAAAUUAUCUCUUUUAAAACUGUUUGAUGUGGAAAAAAAUAUUGCAUAUGUUGUGUGGUCAACGUUUUGACAAAAGAGCAUAAAACGAACACAAUAACAGUUCGAACUUAAAAUCGACGGAUACGUCGGAUCUUGAUCUUGAAAUUUAAGUGUUAAAAGUAAAAAAAAAAAAAAAAACAAUAAUAAAAAUGUAUCACUUUGUGAGUGGGGAACCUUUCGGAUCUCAAAUAUAUUUAGUAGGAUUUUAUUUAACUUUUCACUGUGAUGACUUAAAAAUAUUAUAUAAUUAAAAUCAAUGGUGUCCUGCAUUAUUGAUCUUUGAGGGAUUUAAUUGUUAAAUAAAGGAACUCUCCUGAAGGAAUCAAUAAAGUACUAUCUAUCUAUCUAAAUACUGCAGUUUUACUAUAAAAAACAAAGUUGUCUUUGACAGAAAAGGCAUAAAACCUUAUUUGUUUUUGACAUAGAGAUUUACUGUAAGCAUUAAAUAAAUAAUAAUAAUAAUAGUAAUGUCACUUAUU